GUCCGGGCGAUGGCUCUCCGUCUGGUCUCCGACUUCGACCUCCGGAAGGACGUGCUCCCGUGGCUGCGGUCGCAGCGGGCGGCGUCAGCGGCCGCCGGGGCCCGAGGCGGCGGCCCAGGUGUUUUGGAAAAUAAUUAUGAGAGCUUACGUAUACUAAAUGUUGAAAGAAAUGGAAAUAUUAUUUAUACCUAUAAGGAUGAUAAGGGAAAUGUCUUCUUUGGAUUAUAUGACUGCCGAACCAGACAAAAUGAGCAUCUCUAUACAUUUGAGAAAGACUUGCACGUUGUCAGUUGCUCUGUCAACAGUGAGAGAACUUUGCUUGCUGCAAGUUUAGUUCAUUUCACUAAGGAAAGAAGAAAGAAUGAGCUUCAACCAGGAUCAAAGUGUUUAACUUUGUUGGUUGAAAUCCACCCUGUUAACAACGUGAAGGUUCUAAAAGCCGUGGAUAGCUAUAUUUGGGUGCAGUUUCUCUACCCCCAUGUGGAAAGUCACCCUCUUGCAGAGAACCAUCUGUUACUGAUUUCAGAAGAGAAAUAUAUUGAGAAAAUUCAUAUCCAGGUCACCCAAGAAGAUGGCAAUAGAGUGGUACUUAAAGACUCUGGCCAUCUCCCAAGAGAGAGAGUAGCUGAGGAUUUUGUUUGGGCUCAAUGGGAUAUGUCAGAGCAGAGAUUAUACUACAUUGACCUGAAGAAAUCAAGGAGUGUCUUAAAAUGCAUCCAGUUUUCUGCUGAUGAGAAGUUUAACUUAAUGUUUGAAGCACCCUUGGAUAUAACAUUAAGUGACUCAGGAUUUAAACUUGUAAACUUUGGAUGUGAUGAUCUUCAAGACGAAGAGAACUUAUCCAAACACCUGACCCUGUGCGUUUUUACCAACCAUACAGGAACUUUGUGUGUAUGUUACAGUCCGAAGUUUGACUCUUGGGAAAAAAUCACGUAUUCAGUGUUUUACUUUCAUAAAGGGCACAGCAAGACCUUCACUGCUGCUCUUGGGAGUGUUGACUCACACGUGACUAAGGGCCUUACUUUUCUCAACCUUGAUUAUUAUGUGGCUGUUUACUUACCUGGUCAUUUCUUUCAUCUACUCAACAUCCAACAUCCGGACCUGAUCUGCCACAGUUUGUUUCUGACAGGAAACAAUGAAGUGGUCGAUAUGCUACCUCAUAGCCCUUUACAGUCACUCUCAGGGUCCCUGGUACUGGAUUGGUGUUCUGGAAAGCUCUCCAGGGUGGUCCUCAACCAGUCGUACUUACUACAGUUCCUAUGGAACACGCAGCUCGACUAUGAGAAGAUGGGCGCGUUGCACUGUGUGCUCUCCUGGGGCCGAGACCCCCCGUUCCUGGAAGCCAAGAUUAUUCAGUGGAUUUCUGAGAAUAUCUCUGCCUGCCAUUCAUUUGACCUCAUUCAGGAAUUUAUAAUUGCUUCUUCAUAUUGGAGCAUAUACCCAGAGACAAGUAACAUGGAUAAACUUUUGCCAUAUUCCUCAGUGCUCACUUGGAAUACAGAAAUUCCUGGAAUAACCCUUGUGACGGAAGAGAUCCCAUUGCCUUUCAUGAAGGUGCACAGCUUUAAGGGCUACUGGGAAAAACUGAACUCCAACCUGGAAUACAUUAAGUACUCCAAGCCACCCUUGCUGUAUAACAACAGCAUGGUCCAGAGAGAAUGGCACAGCCUGAUCUCAGAAGAGAAAACAGGAAGAAGAAGGUCCAUGGUGUAUGUGAGGAAUAUUCUUGAUAAUGCAAUGAAGGUGAUUUCUAACCUAGAAGCAAGGAAUUUGGAGCCAAGAUUAACACCCCUCUUCCAGGAGGAAGACAGCCCCCAGAGGCUGCUGAUGGGACUGCACAAAGCAGGAGACUCGGACCGUGUCUUCAAGCAGCGUUUAUUAGACUCUCCGUGCCAAGGCGCUGAGCUAAGGGCUUUAGUAACAUCAUUGAAUUCACUCCCUCUAGAAGCCUGGAGAUGCUGGCUGACCCUGUUUACCCUCCCAAUCUCUUGCCUAGGUUUUCACACUCUGCACACGCUCCUCGGCGUGCACUGUCUCCCUUUGCAUAACCUGCUGCAUUACAUUGAUGAUGGGGUGUUGCUUCUCACCGAAACGGCUGUCACAAGGCUCAUGAAAGAUCUGGACAAUUCAGAGAAAAAUGAAAAACUAAAAUUCAGCAUCAUUGUGCGGCUUCCCCCGCUUAUUGGUCAGAAGAUCUGCCGACUUUGGGAUCAUCCUAUGAGUUCUAACAUCAUUUCCCGGAACCAUGUGAAGCGACUGCUGCUAAACUAUAAGAAACAGCCCCGGAGUUCUAUGAUUGACAAGUCGCCAGGCAGUGUGGAGUUCCUGCCCCUGAACUACUUCAUUGAAAUACUGACAGAUAGAGAAUCUUCCAGUCAAGCUCUGUAUGCUCUUGAAGGACAUGACAAUGUGGAUGCAAAAUUUGUAGAGGAAGCAGCUCUAAAACACACCACCAUGCUUUUAGGCUUAUGAAAGAGAAAAUGCAGUUGUAUCCGCUCCCAGUAUUUUAAUCUUGUGCAUUAGCUUGACUUCCGUCAAGAGUCCUUUACAAUUCUUUAAAAUUGGUAACCAAAAUCAGAAUACAUUGUUAAGCCAUCUGAAUUCCAGUUUGGUACUUGUUCAGACAGAACUAAAUUGCUGUACCUCAUCCCGGCUUUGAAAAGCAGACAAGCAGUCAAGUGGGGAGGAGUGACAGAACAGUCUGAGAGGCAUGCUGUGUCCUCAGUGACGACUUAGCGGCUUACCUUCCUAAUGACUUCACAGGCCAAAAGCGAAUUUGUAUUGCACUCUGAAAUAAAAUUACGCUUUAAAAAAAAUGUAGGGGACGGUGCUAAGAAAAAAACUAGAUGUGUUGUUGAAGAUAACAUAUGACAAGCAUAAAAAUUAGUUACAGAAGAACUCUAUUUGGAAAGAGGAUACUUUUCAAAGAACUGAAUUUGGACCGGGUCAAAUCUGCUAUUUCCAGCAGAGAAUAAUUUGUCAUAUACAGCAGUGUGUACAUAAUGGUAUUGAGAGUAGGAUUUGUCUUUGUGAUGGUUCAGAUGGAACUGUACUUUAAUAUGUUCAAGUUUUUUGUAUUUAUAAAAGUUUGAUCUAGUAAUAUCUUUUCAUUAAAAAAAGAAGA